UAAACAAAUAAAACAUGUAAAUACAAAAGAAAAGAUAGAAAUUGUUAUCAUUAUCAUCAUCAGAAGAAAAAGAUACUAUGUGGUGAAACCGAGGGCCAAACUCCAACAACAACAAAAAUGGCGCUUCAAACGCAAUUCGCAACUUAUUUCACCACCAAAAUCUAUCAUCAUUCGUUCUCUCCCAUCCUCACAGUUAGAUCUGAAAAGCAAUCUGAACCGUCCGAUUCAAUUCCCAAAAAAUCCGGGGUGGGUUUUGGUCCGUCUAAUGUGAACACUAAAAGGAAGCAAAACACUAAAAGGAAGCAGAAGGGACAAAGAGAAAGAGCUUCGAUAAUUCGUCGUAAUCCAGUUGAAAAACCCGCUUUGGUUUCGGAACCAGAACCGGUUCAACAGGAACAGGGUGCUUAUGAAAACGCCUUUAUUCUUGCAUGGCUUGGUUUUGGUUCUGUUAUUCUUGUUGAGGGUCUUGCUCUUGCAGCUUCAGGUUUCUUUCCUGAAAAGUGGGACAAGAUCUUUGUCAAGUAUCUUUAUCCAUCCUUUACCCCUACAGUUUUCUUGUUUGUUGCUGGAGCAAUAGCAUUUGGAGUGGUUAAAUAUAAGCAGAAUGAGAAACUUACAGAGCGGAAAUAGCGUGUUUGGUGUAGUAAUGUUGAAACCUUUGAUGCAUCGAUGAUUGUAAUCUUAUUAUGGCUUCAAUUUAUCAAAAUCGAAGAUGACAAAGGUAACAGGAAUGACGUGUGAACACAAGAAGACUCAUUGUGAGCAAUUUCUGUCGAUACUAAGCAACUUCUUGAAUGCCAUCAUAUGGCCAAAUACCUGAGGUUUUUGAAAUGGAUUCAAUCCUUUUUGUAAUUAAUUUGAUCACUUCUUUUCUAGCUAUGAAACUUCUUUUGAUAUAUAUAUUAUGUACUGAGCUGCAUUUAA